AGCCUGAGCGGCAUAGCGAGACUCUGCUCCAAAACAGUCCAGCCCCAGAUACCACUGGUCAGGGUAGAUCGUUGCAGUAGCUUCCCAAGUGACAGCCGUCUUCCAGGAGCUGUUGAUUGCUGGGAAGGCGAAUGGAGGGUUGUUCCGGCCCCUCGGGGCGGCGCGCCUGGUCAGGCGUGCAAAGCGGAGGCGCUGUCGUGCGGGGAGGGCACGCGGGGCUGCGUCCGCCCGGCGCCCUGGAGAACGGAGGCGACCCCCAGCUCCUCGCGGCCCCUCGCCCACUCCUGUCUGUCCCUCUCUCUAGAAGGAGCAUGCAGAGUUCCGAGGGAGGAGCAGACUCGCCCGCGUCCGUGGCUCUGCGACCCGCGGCAGCUGCAGCCCAGCCGGUGCCCGCCUCCCCGCAGAGGGUGCUGGUCCAGGCGGCAGGCCCUGUGCCCAAGGGGGCCCCGAUGCAGCCACUGUCCCUCCCCAGAGUUCCGCAGGUGCCACAGCAGGUCCCGCCCGUGCAGCACGUGUACCCCGCACAGGUGCAGUAUGUGGAAGGGGGCGAAGCCGUCUAUGCGAAUGGAGCCAUACGCGCGGCCUACGCCUACAACCCUGAGCCUCAGAUGUACGCCCCCAGCAGCGCGGCCUCUUACUUCGAGGCCCCGGGCGGCACCCAGGUGACAGUGGCAGCCUCAUCCCCGCCGUCGGUCCCUGCUCACAGCAUGGUGGGCAUCACCAUGGAUGUCACAGGGAACCCCAUCGUGUCCAGCACUGGCGCCUACCUCAUCCACGGGAUGGACGGCGCAAGACACUCCCUGGCCCACACUGCCCGGUCCUCGCCAGCCACGCUUCAAAUGGCGAUCGAAAACCUCCAAAAAAGCGAAGGAGUCACCCCACACAAAAGCGGUUUACUCAACAGCCAUCUCCAGUGGCUGCUGGAUAACUACGAGACGGCUGAGGGUGUGAGCCUGCCCAGGAGCUCCCUGUACAACCACUACCUGCGCCACUGCCAGGAGCACAAGCUGGACCCCGUGAACGCCGCCUCCUUCGGGAAGCUCAUCCGCUCCGUGUUCAUGGGGCUGCGCACGCGGCGCCUGGGCACCAGGGGCAACUCGAAGUACCAUUACUACGGCAUCCGUCUGAAGCCAGACUCCCCGCUGAACCGGCUGCAGGAGGACACGCAGUACAUGGCCAUGCGGCAGCAGCCCCUGCACCAGAAGCCCAGGUACCGGCCAGCCCAGAAGACGGACAGCCUCGGGGACAGCAGCUCCCACAGCAGCCUGCACAGCACGCCUGAGCAGGCCAUGGCCACGCAGAGCCAGCACCACCAGCAGUAUAUAGACGUGUCCCACGUGUUCCCAGAGUUCCCGGCGCCCGAGCUGGGCAGCGUGCUGCUGCAGGAGAGUGUCACUCUGCGCGACGUCAAGGCCCUGCAGCUGGCGUACCGGCGGCACUGCGAGGCCACCUUGGACGUCGUCACGAACCUCCAGUUCCACUACAUCGAGAAGCUCUGGCUGUCCUUCUGGAACUCCAAAGCCACUGCCAGCGACGGCCCCGCCUCCCUCCCCGCCAGUGACGAGGAGCCCGAAGGGCAGGCCGCACUCCCCCAGGACAAGCUCAUCUCGCUGUGCAAGUGCACGCCCAUCCUCAAGUGGAUGCGGAGCUGCGACCACAUCCUGUACCAGGCGCUCGUGGAGAUCCUCAUCCCGGAUGUGCUGCGCCCUGUCCCCAGUACCCUGACGCAGGCCAUCCGCAACUUCGCCAAGAGCCUGGAAGGCUGGCUGACCACCGCCAUGAGCGACUUCCCGCAGCAGGUCAUCCAGACCAAGGUGGGCGUGGUCAGCGCCUUCGCUCAGACGCUGCGGCGCUACACGUCUCUGAACCACUUGGCGCAGGCAGCGCGCGCUGUGCUGCAGAAUGCGUCCCAGAUCAGCCAGAUGCUCAGCGACCUCAACCGCGUGGACUUUGCCAACGUGCAGGAGCAGGCCUCAUGGGUGUGCCAGUGCGAAGAGGGCGUGGUGCAGCGGCUGGAGCAGGACUUCAAGGUGACCCUGCAGCAGCAGAGCUCGCUUGAGCAGUGGGCCCGCUGGCUGGACGGCGUGGUCAGCCAGGUGCUCAAGCAGCACGCCGGCAGCCCCAGCUUCCCCAAGGCCGCGCGACAGUUCCUGCUCAAGUGGUCCUUCUACAGCUCCAUGGUGAUCCGAGACCUGACCCUGCGUAGCGCGGCCAGCUUCGGCUCCUUCCACCUCAUCCGCCUGCUCUAUGACGAGUACAUGUUCUACCUGGUGGAGCACCGCGUCGCUGAGGCCACUGGGGAGACGCCCAUUGCCGUCAUGGGGGAGUUUGGUGACCUCACCUCCCUGUCGCUGACGCUGCUCGACAAAGGCACUCCUCGGCCCCUCCUCCCCGCAGACGACAUCGGCAGUGAGCAGAGUGCCGAGGACACCCGCAGCCUGGGCGAGCCCCUGGUAAAACGUGAGCGCAGUGACUCGGGCCACCACCUGCACGGUGGCAUCUAGCACCAACCCUGAGUGCCCUCAGACUCCGGGUCCCAGAAGACGCCUCUCAGUCGCCCUGGGAACCUGGACUUCCUGGCCCCACUGCACUUGUGCCUCUUAGAUGACCUGAUGUUUUCUCUGACUUGGGCCUGGGGCCGCACACCCGGGACUGACCAGAGAAAAAUGUUAUCAACGCUGCCAAAGCUGCUGCGAGGUCCCUCUGUCCCUUGUCCCGGGGACGCCCCCCGUCGCAGUGUGAGCUUCGCACCGCGUCCCUGCAAGAGCUGGAGGGGCUGUGCAGAGAGCUGGUCCCACCUCGGGCUGCUGCUCCACCAUGUUUUCACCACGGUGACAAACCAAGCGACAGCGUGUCCUCUCCUGGGCCUGCACUGUUGGGGGCACAGAGUCCCCAGUGCUUCUGGGCAGGAGGAGCCCAUCCCAGCUGUGCCUUGUGGCCUUCGGCGGCCAGACGGUCCCAGGCUUCCUGCUGUGCGGAGCUCUGUCUCCAAAAGGCAGACCGCAGCCUAUGAAAGAACAAGCCAUAGAAAUGGGUCCCCUCGUGUCCUUAGAAACUCACAGCUGCAAGUCUGAUCCUCAUCAGCAAGCGCCCAGGGCCAGGGUCAGCAUCCCGCCGGGGCCACGGCAGCCGCUCCCGUGUUCUGCGGCCCCUCCAGGAGUCCUCCGAGUGGCUCCCUCCACAUGCGCGACCCUGCGUCCCUCUGACGCCUGGGAGUCCCACCUUGAGCUCUUCAAAGUGGAAACUCUGGGGACAGAUGACAGCCAAGGACUCACACAGCCCUGAACUCAAGACCGGCUGGGCUUCGUCCCCGAACCACAUGCAGAGAUCACAAAGGAAGCGCUGUCUAAGGAAAUGCAAUACUUCCUCUCGUUGGAAAAUGUUUAUGCCAAUAGUUUUGUGCUCUACUUGUUCUUAGAAGGUUUCUUUAUGAACGCAUAUCUCACAGGUC